AUGCCACCAUGCCACUUCCUCCGCCAUCUCUACUUCUUCUUCUUAUUGCUGUCACCAUGGACAUCUUCUUGCGCCGCUGAAUCGUCCAAUCUGAUCUCCCUAUACGGACGAGCCGCUGGCAGAUCGCUCUUGUCUUCAGAAGAACCAAACACGGAGCUUGUCGUUGAUCUCUCUGGGAAAGUAUCUUUAAUAAUGCAUCCAUCAAACAAACCAAUCUGGUCUUUUUCAACAGGAUCACCCAUUCAUUCCUCUUAUCAAGCUCCUCUAAGUGUUGUCAACAACACAGAAAACGCUACCGAGAUAAGCAAAGCUUUCGUUGUAGAAUACAUAGACAAGUCUGAGGUUACAACGGUUGAUGAUGGCUAUACUAGAAAGACUAUGGAAGACUUGCUUAUGGAGAUGCCGCGUGUACUAAUGAUGGUCUGA